ACUAAGAAAAUCAGUUAAUAGCUGUCCAUCCAUUUAAUAUCCGAAAGUUAUCCAUUUCUUCUUAUUUGUGGACCACCGAUGUUCCUUUCCAUAUCGUUCAAUCAUUCCUCAACAAACACCUCUCCAUCAAUCAUCACCGUCCAUCGUUGCCAACUUCCUAUCACUCUCCCUCCCUCCCUCCCUCCCUCCCUCCCGCCACUGCAACUACCAAACCCCAUAGUUGAAACCCAUUGCCGCAACCAAUUUCUUCUUCACACGUGUCCAUCGCAGCCUAGCUCACAAAUCCAUAGCCACCGUUGAAACCUCAACGCUUCGGAAGAAGGUAAUCGACUGGUGGUUGAGCCAAAAUCAAAACGACGCUUUCAUGGAGGUUAAAAUCAGAACACCAAAGUGAGUUAGAAUCCAAAUCAAAAACAUUCACAGUACUCUCACUAACUCUCAUUCUCUCGCAAUCGUAUGGGUUCAAAUCCAAAUCAAAUGCUGAAAUAGCCCCCAACUUCUUCGCUCGCAGCAGCAGCAGCAGCAGCAGGAGGAGUUAGAAGAGGAGAAGUGAGUUGAAGGCUUCAUGCAAUAUUGGAGAAAGAAGAAGAUUGUUCAUAAAACUUGAUCAUAUCCACUGAAACUACGCAAAACAAGGUUUCUGCUUGCAAUUUGAGAAGAUAGAUAAUUUGUGCACUGAACAUAAAUGAGUCAUAAGAGAUGGCAAGUAUCCUCUGUGAUUUGGUGAAGAAAUAUGUGGACAAAUUGAUUGAUGGCGCAAUAGCAGAAGCACGUUAUGUAUUUUGCUUCACAUGCAUUGUUAAGAAAUUUGAAGAAGAAAGAACUACGUUGGAACCACAAAGGAUAACUAUCGAGCAACGUGUCAAAGAUGCAAGAGAAAGAGAUAAAGAUAUUAAAGCUAUAGUUGGUUCUUGGGAAAAAGAUAUUGAUGAGCUCAAUCAAGUGGACACAAAAACAAAACAAACAUGUUUUUUUGGAUUUUGUCCUAAUUGUAUCUGGCGAUAUAAAAAGGGAAAGGAGUUAUCAAAUAACUUGGAGAAGAUCAAACAACUAAAGGGAGAGAAAUUUGAAAAUAUUGAACUUCCUCGCCCUGUUCCAGGUGUUGAACGCUAUUCAUCCAAAGAUUACAUUUCUUUUGAAAGUAGAGAGUCAAAAUACAAAGAACUGUUGGAAGCAUUAAAAGAUGACAAUAACUAUAUAACCGGAUUGCAAGGGAUGGGGGGCACCGGAAAGACAACAAUGGCCAAAGAAGUGGGUAAAGAGCUAAAGCAAUCUGAAAUAUUUGCUUAUGUCGUUGAUACGACCGUGUCAUUUACUCCUGAUAUAAAAAAAAUUCAAGAUGAUAUUGCUGGAUCUUUAAGACUGGAAUGGGGGGGUUGUAAUGAACCAGACCGACCCAAAAAACUAUGGAGUAGAUUAACAAAUGGUGACAAAAUUCUUGUGAUACUGGAUGAUGUGUGGGAUCGAGGCUCACCUCUUGAUUUUGAUGCAAUAGGAAUUCCAAAACAAGACACACACAAAGGUUGUAGAGUUCUUGUAACCUCGCGUAAUCAAGAAACUUUCAACAACAUGGAUUGUGAUAAGAUAAUUGAAUUGGGUCUUUUAUCAGAAGAAGAAGCAUGGAUCAUGUUCAAAAUGUAUGCCAAGAUAAGUGAUAGCACCUCUCAAAUAUUGAUCGAUAAGGGACGUAAAAUUGCAAAGGAAUGCAAACGAUUACCUGUUGCAAUUUCAGUUAUAGCCAGUAGCUUAAAGGGCCACCAACAUCGAGAGCACAAAUGGGAUGUGACAUUGAAAUCCUUGAAGAAGCCUGUAUCCAUGCAUGGUGUUGAUGAUGAUAAGGUUGGAAUUUAUAACUUGUUGAAGAUUAGCUAUGAUAAUUUGAAGGAUGAAAAAGCCAAGGGGUUGUUUCUCUUAUGUUCGGUUUUCCGAGAAGAUGAAGAAAAUUCUAUUGAAGUUAUAACAAGACUUUGCAUAGGUGUGGGCAUUUUGGGGGAAGAUUAUGGUAGCUACGAUGAUGCUCGAAACCUAGUAGUUCUAGCCAAAGACAAGCUCGUAGAUUCUUGUUUGUUGUUGGAGGACGGUGAAAAACGUCUAAAACUGCAUGAUUUGGUCCGUGAAGCAGCUCAAUGGAUAGCGAACAAAGAGAUUCAAUGUGUAAAAUUGUUUGAUAAAAAUGAGAUGUCAUCGGUUGAAAAGCAAACAAAUAUCAAAUAUUUAUUAUGUGAAGGGAAGCGCUUGGAUAUUUUUAACUUAAAGUUUGAUGGUUCCAAACUUGAGGCAUUAAUUAUCAAGGCGGAUAAAGAUCGCGGAUGUACAGAAGUUCCAAAGUCUUUUUUUGAAAAUGUUAUCAAGCUUCGUGUUUUGAAUUUUUCUGGCAAUUAUUUUGACUCGUCUUUAUCAUUACCAGAUUCAAUUCGGUCAUUGACCAAUAUUCGAUCUAUGUCGGUUGAUAAAGUGGAUUUAGGUGACAUCUCUAUUUUGGGAAACCUACAAAGUCUGGAGACUCUUGAUUUGGAUAGAUGCAAAGUCAAUGAAUUGCCAGAUCAAAUUACAAAACUGAGGAAGUUUAAAUUGUUGAAGUUGGAAGAUUGUCAAAUAAGAAUGAAUAAUCCAUUUGAAGUUAUUGAAAGAUGCUCAUCACUUGAAGAGUUGUAUUUCGAAUAUAGUUUCAAUGAUUUUUGUCAGGAAAUAACCUUACCUGAGUUGCAAAGGUAUCAAAUCAAGAAUCAUACGAGAGACUUAGAUUUGGGUACCAGAUUUUCCAAAUAUGUUGUGUUUCGUGGUGAUGAAAAGUGUCAAUUUUCAAAAGGAACACUCAAGUACUGCAUGCAAACAGCAGAGGCUCUUUUUCUAGAACGAAUUAAGGGGGAAUGGAGAAAUCUCAUGCCUGAGAUUGUUCCUUUAGAACACGGUAUGAAUGAUCUUGUUGAACUUCAUUUGGAUGGGAUUUCACAACUACGGUGCCUCAUUGACACCAUUGGUUCUCAUGUACCGAUCUUGUCCAACUUGGUUGUACUAGAACUGAAAAACAUGAAAAAUUUGGAACAACUAUUCAAUGGUAAGGCAAACCUCUGCAAUCUAAAGAGAAUUACAAUUGAGAAUUGCCCUAUGUUAGUUUCUAUACUAUCUUUCCUCUCUGCUAAAGACCUUCCAGUACUAGAAGCUAUCAGAAUAAGAAAAUGUGAUGGAUUGAAAUAUGUGUUUGGCCAAUCUCAACAUGUUGAAUUGGUUUCACUAACUGAAUUGGAGCUCUCUAAAUUACCAAACUUCAUUGGUAUUUUUGAAGAAUGUGUGAAGGGAUCAUCUUCCACUUCCAAAGCACAAAUACAAUUGGAUCCUAUGCGUGAUAGGGAUCAACCACAUGACUGCUCAGUGGCAUCGGAAUCAAAUUCAUAUGGCCUUAACAUAUGGGAACGUCUUGGAAUACAAUCAAAUAUCCUCUGCAAUAUUAAAGAGAUUGUGCUGACUCAUUUUCCGAAGAUGAAAUCAGUAUUUAUCCUAUCUAUUGAUCUAAUAAUGCAGUUGGAAACUUUGAAAAUUAUGAACUGUGAUGAACUGAAGCACAUAAUAAUAGACACUGGAGAUCAUAACACUAGUGGCAACAUCUGUGUCAAUGUCUUCCCAAAAUUGAAAGAGCUCUCUGUUAAAUAUUGUGCUCAAUUGGAAUACAUAUUUGGACAUGACACUAGUGAUCAUCAAAACGAUAGGGGGAUUCAGCUUCAUCUUCCGGAAUUGACAGAUCUCCAUCUUGUCGGUCUACCAAGUUUGAUCGCCAUGUGUCCCAAACAAUAUCGAAUAACAUUUCCUUCUUUGAAAUGUCUUGAACUUGAGAAAUGUUCCCAGGAUACUACAAUCAUUAAGGAAUUGAGUGGGAACGUUGAUCAUUUUCUCACUUUGGAAAUCCUUGAGUUAUGCAAUUCCAAUGUAGAACAUAUAUUUUCCCUGAAUGAAAUUGAUGAACAGCAACUGGACUUAGCUUUGCGAUCCAUUUGGUUGUUUGAUCUGCCUAUGAUGACUUGUCUUUUUGUGGGUCCCAAAUAUUCAUUUUCCCUCAAAAACCUUACAGGCAUAACAAUCAUGCGAUGUGACAAAUUGAAAAUUGCAUUCUCCACUUCCAUUUUAAGAUUUCUACCACAGUUGCGUUUUUUAUUAAUAAAAGAAUGCAAAGAGUUGGAACAUAUUAUUGAAGAUGAUUUGGAGAAUAAAAACAAUUCAACUACAUGCUUCCCAGAGCUAGAAACACUUUGUAUUAUAAAGUGCAACAAGUUGAAAUUUGUCUUUCCAUUCUCUGUAUGUAAAGAGGUUCCCGAGCUAACUUUUCUGAUGAUAACAGAAGCAAAUGAGUUAGAGAAAAUAUUCAAAAGUCAAGAUGAUCAGAAAGUUGAUAUUCCAAAUCUAAAUGUUUUAGUAUUUGAUAUGCUGCCAAGCCUCUGUUGUGCUCAGGGAAAUCAAUUCCAGACUGUAAAAAAUCGCUUCGUGCGGGAUUGUCAACAAAUCAAACUGACUUCAGCAUCAACAACCAACACCUUCAUAGAAAUUGAAAAGAUAGGUUGCAUCAUAGGUUUUGAUUUGUAUCUGAAAGUGAAAGAUCUAUUUAAACAACCACGAAGUGCAGAAUCCACCAAAGAUUUUGAUAACGAGUCGAAGUUAGCAAGUGUUGAAAUUGUUGAAAAUGCUGGGAUUGAACAACUGCCAAGUGCAAAAAUCACUGAAGAUUUUGAGCUACCAGUUGAUCAAGGGGAUCCUUCUCAAAAAGUAGAAGAUUUAGCAAUUCUCUCAAAAAUUCAAAUGAAACAAACACCAGAGACAGAUUCAAACGUUCCAGAUUUAGCAAUACUACCAACAAAAUCAGGAUUGGAGGGAUCAACAUCAGAAAAAACAGCAGUUGCAACUGUGUCUUCCAUUUCAAGAACAAAGAAUGAGCCACCAAUGCAAGUAGUUACAUCUAAACAAAAGGGUAUUGAGAUAGAAGGAACUUCUAAGACUAAUAAUGAUCAAGUUUCUCUAAAUGGCGAUGCUUUGAUGAAAGUAAACUCAUAUGUUGAGGAACAAUUUUCUAAGGAUGAUGAAAUAAUAGUUUCCAAAUCUGAACCAUCUCCGAGGAUCACAUCUCCUGUUGCAUCUAAAGGGGAUCCUUCUCAAAAAUUAGAAGAUUUACUACCAACAAAUUCAAAAAUACAAAUGAAACAAACACCAAAGGUAGAGCAUGAGUUUGUUAAAAAUGUUAUGGAUUUAGCAAUACUACCAACAAAUUCUGAAGAGUUUCUGAAUGAACAAUCACUCGGAGAAACUGAUACUAUCAUCAAACCUUCUCAAGUAAAUAAUUUGGAUGGAUCAACAUCAGAAAAAACAGCAGUUGCAACUAUGUCCACCAUUUCAGGAACAAAGAAUGAGCCACCUAUACAAGUGGUUGCUUCUAAGGAUGAUAAAAUAAUAGUUUCCAAAUGUAAACCCUCCUCUCCUAGCAUCACAUCUGCUAUUGCAUCUCAGUUCCCUUCAAUGCCUUCUAAAGGUGACCCUUUUCUUGUCAAGAGGGAGCUUGAGGAAUUGGUCUCCAAGAAUCAUUUGGAUUACGAGAACUUGUCUUUGUUAACUGAUUUUCUUGUUUUGAAUCCUUCUGUUCGUUUAAAGGACACUUCACUUCGUUAUAGAUACAAGGGUUGCGCUUACAACUUACUAGCCGAGCUAUUGAAGUUCCUUGAAACCCAUAGUUUGCUGGAAGUAUCGGGCUCAUGCCACUCUGAAUUUGUGGAGCUAUUACAAGAUGCGCGCAACUUUGCUUUUGAUAAGGAAUGGUUGGCUGGUGUCGAGAGGCGUGCUUUAUUUCCUGAAAUACAAGUAUCUCCAGAUGCUUUGGAAAAAUUAUUGGAUUUCAAGAAACGGGUUACCAAGGAUGUUGAAGACUUGCGUUUGAAGAUAGAUAUUUUAAGUCAAGUUGCGGAAGAUCUUAAGCAUCAAUUGACAUCCUCUGAAGCUGUUUUGGAGAGUAUCAUUCAACAAGAGGCAGUUUUAAGUGCCCCUAUUGGUUAUUAGACUAUAUUUUCAUUGCUAAUUUGCUAUGCUUUUUAUUGUGUGUGUUAUUUAUUGUCCUUCAAUAUUGUUUAUUCCUUGAGUGUAAGGUUUCGUCAUUUCUCAUAUGAAAUGAACUUAUAUGAACCGUCUUAUUAAGUUUGUGUUGGGUGGAUUCACUCCUCAAGUGGAAUCCACAUAAAUUAUAUUAAAUGAAAAGACAAAAAAAAGUGAAAGAGAAAGAGAAAAAAAGAGGGAAAAAAAAAGGAGAAAAAGAGAAAGAAAAAAAGAAAAGAAAAAAGGUGUAUUUGUGUUUUAAUAGGCCAUUUGUGUUGUUAAUUGGUUUCUACUUUUCUUGAGUAUUGUUGUUCCUAGUGUUUACCAUGAAGACUAUUGUGUACUCAUUAUUAUUCAUAGUGGAAGAUUUAUCUGGCUUUGGUCCCGUGGUUUUUUAUUCUCUCACAUUGAGAGGAUUUUCCACGUAAAA